ACAUACACACACACUCACACACACAUGGAGUACAACUACUGCACACUGCUGCUCUGGAUAAUGUGCAUGCUGUCAGGGCUUCAUGAAUGUUUCAAUAUAGACACAACAAGCCACAGGGUCAUAAAGGGCCCGAAGCAGGCGCAGUUCGGCUACACGGUGCAGCAGCACACAGCUGGGGGACAGAAGUGGUUGUUGGUUGGAGCUCCAUUGGAAACGAAUGGGCAGCACCAGACAGGUGAUGUGUAUAAAUGUUCAUUAAGUAGAAGAACUGUGGGUCCAAGCUGCACCAAGCUCAAUUUAGGAAAGGUUUCUUUGACGAAUGUGUCUGAACGCAAAGAUAAAAUGAGACUGGGGAUGACACUGGCGUCCAACCCUAAAGACAACAGUUUUGUGGCUUGUGGUCCUCUGUGGUCGUAUGAAUGUGGCAGCUCUUACUACAGCACAGGAAUCUGCUCCAGGGUCAACGCCAGCUUCAAAUUCUCACGCACUAUCGCCCCGGCCUUCCAAAGGUGUGAGACCUAUAUGGACAUAGUCAUUGUUUUGGACGGAUCUAAUUCCAUUUAUCCCUGGUAUGAAGUUCAAGACUUUCUCAUUAACAUCCUGCAGAAGUUUCAUGUAGGACCAGGGCAGAUCCAGGUUGGAGUGGUACAGUAUGGGGAGAAGGUGGUGACUGAGUUCCAGCUGAAUGAUUUCCGCUCGGUAGAGGAAGUGGUGAAGGCUGGUCGAAGGAUACAGCAGCGGGGCGGAGAGGAGACCAACACGGCAUUAGGCAUUGAUGUUGCACGAUCUCAGGCAUUUAAACAGGGUGGGAGGAAGGGAGCCAAGAAGGUCAUGAUCGUCAUAACGGACGGAGAGUCGCACGACAGCCCGAAUCUCAAGCAAGUCAUUGAGGACUGUGAGAAAGACGGAAUCGUUCGAUAUGCAAUCGCUGUUCUGGGCUACUACAAUCGCAGAGGGAUCAACCCAAAGGCUUUCCUUAACGAAAUCAAGUACAUCGCCAGUGACCCGGAUGACAAGCAUUUCUUUAACGUGACCGACGAAGCCGCCCUGAAGGACAUUGUGGACGCUUUGGGCGAGAGGAUCUUCAGUUUGGAAGGAACCAGUAAGAAUGGGACUGCAUUUGGCCUCCAGAUGUCACAGGCGGGUUUCUCCACACAUGUCGUCGAGGACGGGAUUCUUGUUGGCGCGGUCGGGGCAUACGAUUGGAACGGAGCCGUGCUGAAGGAGACCCGGCACGGCAAAGUGGUUCCACCCAAGUCGUCCUACGCUCAGGAGUUUCCUGAGGAGCUGAAGAACCAUGGAGCUUACCUGGGUUACACGGUGACGUCGGUGGUGUCGGCACGAAACGGGCAGUUAUACGUGGCUGGAGCUCCUCGUUUUAACCACACUGGCAAAGUGAUCAUCUUCACCCUGAAGAACACAGGAGAACUCACUAUACUCCACUCGCUGAAAGGACAGCAGAUUGGCUCGUAUUACGGCAGUGAGAUCGCUGCGAUGGAUAUCGAUGGGGACGGAGUUACAGAUAACCUACUCGUGGCUGCACCCAUGUUCUUCAGCGGCGGCUGGGAAAGGGGCAAAGUCUACAUCUACCGGGUCACUGAGCAGCCUCGUUUUCUUCUGGAGGGGGUGCUGGAGCUCUCAGAUUUAAGCGAGAAUGCCAGGUUUGGUUCUGCCCUGGCACCGGUGCCGGAUUUAAAUGGGGACUCUUUUAAUGACUUGGUGGUGGGAUCUCCGCUGGAGGACGAGCACAGAGGAGUUAUUUACAUCUAUAACAGCCAACGCAACAGGAUCCUGAGAAAGUAUAAACAGAGAAUCUCUGCAGCACAGUUAGGCUCUGGUUUGCAGUAUUUUGGCAGGAGUAUUCAUGGAAAGAUGGAUAUGAAUGGCGACGGGCUGGUGGAUCUGGCCGUGGGUUCCCUGGGUGCAGCUGUACUCCUCUGGUCUCGCAGUGUGAUCCGCAUCCAUGCCAACGUGCGAUUCGAACCCAACAAGGUGAACAUUUUCAAUAAGGACUGCAGACGUGCAGGGAAGAACGUGACGUGCAUGUCGGCUAUCGUGUGUCUCAACGUCACUUCCAGGACUUUCAUCAAAGCCACACAGGAAGUAGGCAUUUGGUACAACACCUUUAUUGAGGAGAAACGUUUUAACCCUCGAGCUUUAAUGGAUUAUCCUGACCGGCCGCAGCCACAGAACCUCACGCUGCUUCCUGCGAACGAGAGCUGUGAACAUAUCUACUUUCAUGUGAUGGACACUACAGACUAUGCCAGGCCGAUCAUAUUCACAGUGGAAACGGGUCUACAGAAUCCAGACAGCGGUCCAAUGCUAGAUGACACCUGGCCGACCACCGUUAGGACUCAGUUACCUUUCUGGAACGGCUGUGAUGAGGAUGACCACUGUGUUCCAGACCUGCUCAUCCAUUCACAGAACGACCUGAUCACUCGCAAGCAGUUUUGCGGACAGGCUUUCCGAGCAGUCAGCGCAUUGUGUCGAAGCCCCCCAGGACCAGAGGAGACAGAGCGUGUGAUAGAGGCUACCAGGAGAAAAAUGGUAGUGGACGUUCGCCUGGAGAACCAGGGAGAAAACGCUUAUGGAGCCCUACUUAACAUCUCGCACUCCAGGAACCUGCAGUUCUCCAGUCUUAUAGUAAAGGAUAACUCAGACAUCCAGAUUCACUGUCGUGGUGGAGACCGGCAGAGAAAUGAGAAGUACUGCAAUGUCAGCUCUCCCUUCAUGAGAGCCAAGUCUCAGGUCACAUUCCGUUUGGAGUUUGAGUUCAGUAAUGCUGUGUUGCUGGACCACGUCCGGGUCAUUCUGAAGGCUAGCAGUGAUGGGGAGGAAGUGGCUUUACAUGAUAACAUUAAUGACAUUUUCUACACGUUGAGAUAUGAGGGUGAUUUACUCUUCACCAGAGAUUCAACUCCAUCACACUUGGAGCUCAAAGCUGAUCUUUCUCUGGAGAAAGCCGAGAACCUUCAUCCACCCUUUAACUUCACCUUCCAACUCAAGAACCUGGGCUACUUUCCUUUGCGAAAUCUGCAGCUGGACAUCAGGAUCCCUGAAGUGACGAAAAAUGGGAAUCAGCUUCUGCAGAUUCAGGACUUCCACAUAGACCAGGUAGAUGGAACACACUGCAUCCCCCCUCAGCAUGUAGCGCACAGCCGAGCGUCACCAGAGGACCUGACACACCUCUCCCACCUGAAUUACACCAACACCCUGACGUUGCCCGUUCAGUGUAGCGUCAAUUUGACCUCCUACAAAGGUGUCAGCGUGAGAAUUGGCGGGUUUCUGCGAGCUGAUUCUCUACAUGCGCUGAUGUUUAAAACCCUGGAGUUGGUGACAACAGCUUCUGUGGAGCUGAACCAGGACAGUCCCAUGUUUCUUCAGGAAGAGAGGUCCUUCAGACAUAUAAUUCUGGAAAUUAGGAAGGAGGAAGAUUCCAGAGUUCCUAUCUGGAUCAUCAUUGGAAGUACACUAGGAGGACUGUUGCUCCUCUCCCUCCUUAUUCUAGCUCUAUGGAAGCUGGGAUUUUUUCAGAGGCAGAAGCGGAGGGACGAGUCAGAAAACGAGGCCAACGGGAAGGUAGCAGAAGAGCGAUAACGCAAACUGCAUUACAGGGCUUAACUGGCCCGACUCUCAGGGAGCGUCCCACACUAACACUACAAGUCUCUGGAUCAGCAAAGGGGAAAAGAGAGAGAGAGAGCGAUAGAGAGAAAGAGAUAAAAAUGAAUAUGAGAGAGAGAAAGAGAGAAAGAGAUGAAAAUGAAUAUGAGAGAGAGAGAGAUGAAAAUGAAUAUGAGAGAGAGAGAGAGAGGGGAAGGAUAUAAAGAGAGAAAUGUAGCAAGUCAUUUACAAUGGAACAGAGUCGAUGGGGAUUUGCUCAGUGCACUGGACUGUCUGUUGCUUCAUAAAGAAACACUGCAACGUCUUUCAUCUGGCCUGCACUGCCUACUGAGCCGAAUCCAUGGAUCACAGAUGAACCCCCAAAUCUGAUCAUCAGUUACAUCCUACAGUGGCCCGUGUGCCUUUGUACAAGUGGGAACGCAUUUAAAGACAAAAACACAUGGGAGCAUGAACUGUUCGUUUUGUUAAAUAAUAUUACAAAUAAAUGGUCUUAUUCUGGUAUAAACAGCAUACAGUAGCAAAAAAGUUGUGAACCCUCUGAAAAUACUUGAAUUUCUGAAACUGUUCCUCAUAAACCACAGUGGUUUUAUUUCUUUUUGUGUUUUGUUUUGACCUUCAGAUGCUUCUGUCUGUUAUUCAAAACUAACCACUUAUUUUAGUAUGAACACCUAGCAACACACAUAUAUGUAAAUAUAAUGUCACCCAUCGUUCCUACUUCCCUGUUUAAUACAACAAUUCAGGUAUGUUCAAAGGGUUUAAAAACUUUUUUUCUGACAACUGUCAGCUACAAGAAAAACCUCAGAAGGGCUGUGACUCCUGAUUUCCUGGUGCUCUAGUAAAAAGAAUCAUGGAAAAAAGAAGUGGAAAAUGUAAAUCAAUCGUUCGCACAAAGGCUUGCUUUUUUGCUUUUUGUUAUGUUGACAGAUAAAAUAUGUAAUAUAAGGCACUGGUGUAAACUAGCUCCUUGUUUUUA